GCGGCAGACUUCGAGGUCGUCGCGCACCUCCCCCUCAUAGACCAGAGCCUGAACGCGCUGCUCGUCCACAGGUGGCACGCGCAGCUGGGCAUUCGCCCGUUGUGGGUGCCGUCCCUGUACGAGGCCUCCUGGAACCAGCUGGACACGGACCUGGGGACCCUCGGCAGGAUCGAGGGCUUCAUAUUCAAACUGGCCGUCCUCCGCACGUCAACUUCGUGCUGGACGAGCUCCACAACGAGAGAGCCGCGGGCCGCACGCUCGUGUGGCUCGCGGAUCCCUACGCCGAGGGCCGUUCCAGCGCCGAGCAGCUGUCGCUGCUGUCCUGGAGCGCGGCCUCGGCGCCGGCGGCCCCAUGGCGCCGCUCGCUGUGCGCGGCGCCCGGGGACACGCCCGCCCUGUCCGCCAGGGUCGUGGCCGCCCAGCUCUUCCAAGCCCUUGACGGCGCGCUCGUGCGCUGGAGUGGCCGCUACAAG